UUGUCACAAUUGAGUAGGAACAAGUUGCCGGCAAGUGUAUACAAUGUAACCAAACGGGGUGCCGACAAUGAGAACGGCGAGACCAGGGAGCAGAAAGUCAACAUGGAUUUUCUUAGUAGUACUUCCAUACUACAGCUCUCACAGUCAUCAUCAAUCGAUGAGGUGCCAGCACAAUCAACAACGGAACCUCAAAGUUUAGAGAACAUCGAGAGACCAUCAUUAUCCUACAAAGACCUGAUCAUUGAGGCCAUUGAAAGCAGUCCUGAUAAACGUCUCAAGCUCAAUGAAAUAUAUCAGCCAAUGGCUAAAUUUGCCCCGCUUAGCCUUUUAGCGCUAUACAAAGAACAUCUCUGCUCGGCACACAUAGGAAAUACGGGGACGGGACAUUUCUGGACGGUCGUACCAGAACUCAGCGAUAAACAAACAUUGCGCCGACGUAAUCGAAGCACGAACCGGGGUGGAAACCGGUUGAAGACGACUGAAUCGCUUCAAGAUACGACUGUAAUGCGAGAAGAACUCACGUCCUCAGGAAGUGGUGGACACAUCACCAAGUCCACUACAACCAUCGAUAAGUCCUUCGUUGGAUCUACCGAAACCAACCGCAAGUCUUCUAAGCUCACUCCAGCAGCAGUUAGUGGAGUUGGCCCAGGGAGGUCUUUCCUCUCGAACGCUGGGCCUAAAUCCACUCCUAGUUCUAAGUCAAAUCUCGAGUCAAUCGCCGGACUCGAUUGUCACUUCGUCAAUUUCAACUCCGACGCCAACAAGAUCCAUUUCACCGGUCAAACAAGAAACACCAUAUUUUCUGUGAACGUGACCAAAAUUAUGUACUACGUGUUGGGCAUGAGGACCUUCAAACGUCAUGAAUUCGAUCGUUUGAACUAG